AUGGCUCGUAGGACUCUGCUAGAGGCUACGGUUUCUGAGGCCGAUCAAUUGACGCUGUAUGGCAAGGUGUACGUGAUGAGACGUGACAACUCUCAAACGAAUCAAGUCCAGCUUCCGACCUCUCGUCAAAGGAUUCCCUCUAGAGGACUAUAUUUACUCGACCCGACCUUACGCUUUUCAGGAAUAGUGCAGUUGGAAGCAUACAAGGAAGAUCACAAGGAAAGGUUGGCCCUGGUGGAGCCUAAAGACGUAAGGGCCAAGAUAGUGACAGUAAUAACUCAGCAGUUGACAGCAACAGCAGUCACACACUUGACGACAGCUAAAGAAGCAAAAAUCUCCCCAAGUGCUCACCUGCAAGGAAACGCUGAAAGAACGGAUGACCAACUCAUGAGGCCUUUAGCUAGGAAAGCAAUCCGUCAUACAGUGCCGCGACCUUACUCGCCAAUGCUGUGCUUGUUGCUGGUUUGUUGCUAG